AUGUCUGAUCCAAUCCGACCUAGGGGCAGGCCGGCCCACACACCCGGAACAACGGUCUUGACAUAUACCCCUGACGGAAAAUACAUCAUCACUGGAGGCUCAAAUUCUGCGAUCCGUAUCUACACCGCUGGCGAAGAUGGCGAACCGAAGACCGUGGAGGAGGGCACUGAUGCACACGUCGCGAUCGGAGCUACGAACGAGUAUUUCUUCCUAGGCGCCGAAGACGGGACGGUGUGGCAGUAUGAGGUCAAGUCAGGACGGAUGGACAAACUUCUUACUCGUACCGCGCUGCCAGUGAGGGAUAUUGACGUUACUAAAGAUAAGGAGUGGGUUGCUAUCGCGAGCGAUGAGCUCACGGUGAAACUGGUGAACGUCGAGGAUAUGACCAAGGUCAAGUACUUGCGCGACCAGGCCAAGGGAACGAAACACAUCACCUUCGAUCCGAAUGGGCGGUACGUCGCGGUCUCGUGUACAGAUGGCAUCGUGUAUCUCUACUCAAUGGACACCGAAGAGCCCGAGCUGGUGCGCAAGCUGGACGGCGUGAUUCGACGGCUAGAACCCGAAGACGAGGCGACUGCAAGGGUGGUUUGGCACCCUGAUGGGACUGCAUUUGCGACGGCUGAAGCGACAAGAGAUAUCGCCGUAUUCUCUGUGGGUGAAUACAAGAAGGAAAUGACGUUCUCUGGUGGCCACAAUGGGGAUAUCACGGCUAUGGCGUGGUCGCCUAACGGUGCGCUUUUGGUGACCGCUGCAAAGGACGGCCAAGUUUUGCUCUGGGAGAGCAAGACGCAGAAGAUCCUACACCGAUAUGGCUUUCCGAACGUGAUUAAUCUCGCCUGGCAUCCGAACAAUAACGGUGUCUCCCUUACUACGUCGGACGGAGAGAUCUUUAUCUUCGAUGGAUUCGUGCCGAAGGACCACCAGGUCAUACUUCAGAAGCCGCUGCAGGCAGCACCUAUAUUCCCCGGCGCUUUGGCCGAGAUGUCUGAUAAUGUGCGCCGGCCAUUGGCAAGUCGACCUAAGGAGGCGCGCAGAGGCAGCAUCGACUCACUGGAUGAUAUCCUUGGCUUCGACCAGGAUAUGGAAGAUUUUGUCGACGAUGACGAUGGAGCCGGUUAUGCGGAGGGCAUGAACGGGUUCGGAAAACGCACGAACGAGCAUCUGGAUGAUAUCGGGGGACACGCGGGCAAGCGGGCCUUGACAUCGUUCACGAAGCCAAAGGUCCACCCGCCGCUACAACCCGGCAGCACACCUUGGAGAGGAAACCGCCGGUAUCUAUGCUUGAACUUGACCGGUGCCGUUUGGACUGUUGACCAGGAGACUCACAAUACGGUGACGGUGGAGUUCUAUGACCGAGAACUGCACCGUGACUUUCACUUUACAGACCCCUACAUGUAUGACAGGGCGUGCCUCAAUGAGAACGGAGCUCUAUUCUCGAACAACCCAGUUGAUGACAGCCCUGCUACGAUCUUCUACCGUCCACAUGAAACGUGGACCACGAGAGCGGACUGGAGAACAACGUUGCCCAAAGGAGAGCACAUCCGAGCGCUGGCGCUAAGUGAUUCGUAUAUCGUUGCGGUAACAACCAAAGACUACGUCCGGGUAUAUACUCUAUAUGGAACGCCAUUUAAGGUGUACAGACAGAAGAGCCCGGCCGUGACCUGCGCCGCCUGGCGAGACUAUAUCAUGACUGUGGGAAACGGGCCUAUUGGGAGUGAUGGGCGAACAGCGACGUUGCGGUACUCGGUUGAAAACGUCAAGCGCGACGAGAUCUGUCAAAACGAGGACGUUGUGGCUAUUCCAGAAGGCGCUGAGCUAAAGAGCGUUUUCUUCACAGACACAGGAGACCCCUGUAUCUACGACUCGGAAGGCGUGCUACUAAUUCUUCAGCACUGGCGCACCCCCGGCCAGGCGCGCUGGGUGCCUCUCCUCGACACAAAGCAAAUGGAGCGUCUGGCAAGCGGCCGCAAAGAAGAAACGUACUGGCCCGUCGCCGUCGCGCAAGACAAAUUCCACUGCAUUAUCCUGAAGGGAGGAGACCGAUACCCGUACUUCCCACGACCAAUGCUCAGCGAGUUUGAGUUCCGGAUCCCCAUCUCUGACAAGCCCAGCAAAACGGAUGAAGACGAAGAAGAAAACAUGGCGCGCAACGACAGCAUGCGACUGGAGGAGUCCUUCGUCCGCGGCAACCUCAUCCUCUCCCUUUUCCAAGACGUCAUCUCGUCCACGCAUGCGACGGCAUCGCAGCGCGCUGAGCUGUCGCGGAAGGAGCUGGAGCUGGACAAGGUUCUUCUGCAGCUUCUGGCGAUUGAGUGCCGCGAGGGCGAGGAUCGGGGCAUGAAGGCUUUAGAGCUGGUGCAUAUGAUGAAGGACCGCAAUGGGAAGAUGGUCGAGGCGGCUGUCAAGGUUGCACAGCGGUAUAACCGCGGCGUGCUGGAGGAUAAGAUCCGCGAUCUGGCAGCGCGGAGAUAUACCGGGGAGGACGAUGAUGAUGAACUAGCUUUCUGA